AGUACUCCUUGCAGCACUUGAGAAACAAACAAAUCCAACCAAAAUGCGCUCCUGCGUCCUAUCUCCCACUCUCCCGUCUCCUACUCGUCAUCCUCUCCACAGAUUCAAAGCCCCGGGCGCCUCCCGCUCCGUCCCUUCCAUUCCCUUUUCUUCUUCUUCCUCCUCCUACUCUACCAAUGAAGUCCCCAUCGACGAGGAUUUUCUCAAGAAGUACGCACCCAAGGAAAAAGAAUCCGAGGAAGAAGCUCGCCGCCGCAACUGGAUCGAGCGUGGUUGGGCACCGUGGGAAGAGAUCCUCACUCCCGAGGCUGACUUCGCUCGCAAGAGCCUCAACGAAGGGGAAGAAGUCCCUCUUCGCACUCCCGAGGCCAUCGAGGCCUUCAAGAUGCUUAAACCAUCCUAUCGACGUAAGAGGAUGGAGGAGAGUGGGCUCUCCGAGGAGGAGUUGCUAGCACAGCAGUUCGCUGUCAAGGGGGAAAUUCCUGAACUUAUUGAGACGACCUGGGCCGGGGGUGUAGUGGCUGUGCGGGCGGUGCCGCCUAGGGAUUGGCCGCCGAGGGACUGGGAGGUGGAUGCCGAGGAACUGGAGUUUAUUCGUGGCGCACAUAAGUUGGAGGCUGAGAGGGUAUAUUUGGAGGAAGAGAUUAGGACUGAUGUUGAUUCCAUGUGUGUGGAGAGGUAUAAGGUUUUUUUGAAGCAGUAUAAGGAGUGGGUGGCUGCUAAUAGGGAGAGGUUGGAGGGAGAAUCCUACAAGUUUGACCAAGAUUACUAUCCAGGUCGAAGGAAACGAGGCAAAGACUACAAAGAUGACAUGUUAGAGCUUCCUUACAUAUAUCCUGGACAGAUCUGUAGAGGCAAAGUGAUAACAUUACACCUUCACCAGGGAGCAUUUGUGGACAUCGGAUGCGUUCAUGAUGGUUGGGUUCCAAUAAAGGGAAACGAUUGGUAUUGGAUUCGGCACCAUAUAAAAGUUGGCAUGCAUGUCUUUGUGGAAGUACUGGCUAAAAGAGAUCCUUAUCGUUUCCGAUUUCCUAUUGAAUUGCGUUUCCUCUAUCCCAAUAUAGAUCACCUGAUAUUCAAUAGGUUUGAUUUCCCACCAGUUUUUCAUCGUGAGGAGGAUACAAAUCCUGAACAAUUAUGGCGGGAGUGUGGAAGGCCACCAAUACCUAGGAAAAGACCUCCAGUCAAGAUGGAAGACCAGUCUUUACUAUCAGAUCACCCUUAUGUUGACCGGUUGUGGCAGCUACAUGUUGCGGAGCAAAUGAUCCUAGAUGAUGAAGAGGCUCAUCCUGAAAAGUACAUGGACCAGAAAUUCAUCGAGAAUGCACUUUUUGAUGAAGAAAACAGUAUUCAGUACACAAAAGCAUACUAUGAGAAGGCUUUACUCCCAAUGACAAUUUUGAAUACAAAUUUGAAAGAACUUGACCUGGAUGCUGCUCGAGCAGAGAAUCAGCUUAACAAAAAGUUAAGAAAGGAAGCUGAAGAGAGAGGAGAAGUAUUUCAAGUUAGCAAGCUGAAACGGAAUAGAGAAAUGGAUGAGUAUGAUCUCAUGCAUUGGCGUCGAUCGUUGGAAGAGAGAGAGGCUUUGGUUAGAGAUAUUAGUUGCCGAAAGGCUCUUGGUCUGCCACUGGAGGAGCCUGGAAGAUACGAUGUAAAUUCUGCAUUUUGGAAGAACAAAUAUGAUCCCACCAAUCCUUUAUAUCGCUAUGACUAUUGGGGGGAGCCCAAGCACUCUGAGAAGAGCCGUCAACAAAGAAUAACUGAAGACCACAACAGAUCAAUUGUUGGAAACGGCACUGUUUGGUAUGAGAUGUCCUAUGAAGAAACCAUCAAACAAAGAAUGCGUCGAGAAGCUCAAAUGAAGAAUAUGCCCAAAGAGACAAAGGAUGUAGAAGAGGGUGAUGAUGAUGAAGAUGAUCUAGAUUUUGAUUAUAGCAUAUUUAGCAAUUCAAGCAACUCUUCGGCCGAUGAUAAGCCACUUGUUAAUGGUACUGAAUCCCCCAGAUUGUCAGAUGAGGGUUUGUUUGAGAACUAAUUCCUCUUUUAGGUUAUUUGUGCUUGAAGUGGAAUAUUUUGCAUGUA